AUGACCGCGACCGAAUCCAGCUGGGAUCCUGAGAUGUGUACGCUCCAUCUGAUCCGACAUUGGAGUUGGCCUCCUGCACAGGGUCCACUCGGGUCACGCUAUCGAUGUUGCUCACCGGUUCUACCCUUCUUGACCGACGAAUUCCAACGCAAUCAUUUGCAGUUCCUCUGUCUCAUCCUUCCAGACCGGUCGCUCUGGAAGGGAAAGCAGCUCCGCAUUAGCCGGUAUGACAACCUAUUCUGA